AUGAAGUGCGUAUUGUCUGACUCCGCGUCCCUCUGCACUGUGCUUUGUCUUCUGCUUACCUUUUCACUUACAUAUGGGACCCCGUCUAGAUACAGUUUAUUUCAGGGCAACGCAUACUCCGGGUCAGUUCCACGCCAAAGGAACAAAAAUUGGUGCGCGUUCGUCGUUUACAAGAACGUGACCUGUGCCGUACUUGGAUCAACGGAAAGCGUGUUGGAGCCGGAGCCCGCGCCGUGUCCGAUGCAUCAACCCAACUGCGCGCAACGCGUGAUAUACCGCACUCACCUGCGGCCCAUGUAUAAGGUGGGGUACAAGCAGGUGACGGAGCUGGAGUGGAGGUGCUGCCCAGGCUUCCAGGGGCAUGACUGCACGGAGCUGAAGGACAUCUCACAACACCCCCGCAUACUCCAGGGACCACGCCCAAAUCCCCCUCCUGCACCUGGUCAUGAGCAAAGCAUUUUGGGGCCAGAAGUAUUCUCCGGCAGCCACCCAUGGGACCGGACAGGCCAGAGUGGGCAAAAUAGUGUUCCUUGGGGUCAAGGUGGAGUGCCUGGGAAUCAGGUCAGAGGUCACGGUGAGGGCACCAGGGUUCAACAGCUGGAGGAGGAGGUCCACCGCCUAUCCCAGACGGUACUUGACCUACAGGCGGCUAUGACGACAGCUAACGCCAACCUCCGCUUGGACCUGCAAGAGGACACCAGCAAGAUGUUACUGAGCAUGCUGGGAAACCUGCGGCAACCACAGGGUGUUCUGACAGGCGGUACCGACACCAUUCUUCUGCCGUCUGGCUUCCCAGGGUCCACAGCCGAUGACCUUCAGAACCAGCUCUCGCAGCUCUCAGACACAGUCGCCACGAGCACACGUUCCAUCCAGGACCUGGAGAACAAGAUCCAGGAACAAGACGGACAGCUGCGUCUGCUAAUGGAGGCUUCCCAAGCUCCCCCAGCUCCGUCCACUGGCCCCAGCACAAACAGUGAGGAUUCACUCCGGGCCUACGUAGACAAGAAGCUGUCGGCCUUACGUGAGGAGUUGAUGGAGGGGAUGGACAUUAAAAUGGCUGACCUAAAGAACACUUGUGAGUACAAAGUGAUGUCCGUGAAGGAGCAGUGCGAGGAACAGGAGACCUCCUAUCUCAGUCUGGCUGAACUCCUCGACUCAAAGGAAGCCGACCUCCGCAAGGAACUCCAGGAGCUACGCCUCCUCCUGCCAGCAUCAGGUACUGGGUCGGGGGCAGGCACAGAGGUCACUGACCUGCGUUCAGAUGUAGAGCGUCUGAAAGAUGCCCAGCGAAGCCUUGCUGAGACUGUCUGGCAUCAUAAUAUGACAUUGGCCCAGAGGGAACAGCAGGGGAAGAAACUGGAGCCAGAGCCAAGGGUUAAUCAGGGAGAUAAGAGGACCACGACUGGCCACGAUGAAGCUCUGGAGACACUUUCGCGCACCCUGAAAGGAAAGGUGGGCUCUGCCAUUGAGAGGGUUGCACAGCUGGAGGAUUCUAUCACAGAGCUUAACGUUUCUCUCGGUCGGAACACGGCACAUCUUCAGCAGCUUCACUCCUGCUGCAGCCCAUCGCAGAGUCCCGGCCAAGGGGCGGGAUUAAAGCACAGGAUAGAGCAACUGGAGACAGACUGUGGGCGGAGCAAGGAGCUGAUUGCCAAACUGGAGGGGUUAAUGUCUGGGUUCGAUGGACGGGUGGCCAGCGUCGAGGGAGUGUGCGGACGUUUGCAGCCAAUGUCGGAUAGCCUGGGAAGGAUUAAAGACGGGUUGAACAAACACGUGAACGGCCUGUGGACGUGUGUGCGACAGCUCAACAGCACAGUCCGCGCGCACACGCAAGACAUCAGCAAGUUAAAGACAAACACACACAAUUUGCAGUCAAGUCAGGACGGGACAAUGAGCAAACCUAAACAUACAGGUGUCCAGGUUGGUCUGGAGGACUCCAGCGUUCCCAUGGAAAUGGACACAGCUCGUCCGGCAGUGCCUGUGAUGGAGUCUGGGGAAGCGGGGCCUCCUGGCACCAAACUUUUAUCCCGCCCCCCCCACGGGACCAACGGAAGCAUGAGCCCCGUUAAAGGCUAUGCAGGAGCUCCAGGAUAUCCUGCUGUCUCCCCUGCUUCUCUCUCUCCUGAUCUUCUGUCAGAUGAUAAGGGUGUGCUGGCUUCUGUUUCGUUCUCGGCCGGUCUGACACUCCUCCCAUUCCCUGGAGAAAUUGGCAUCAUCCGUUUCAACAAGGUGCUGCUGAAUGAUGGAGGACACUACGACCCGCACACAGGUGUGUUUUCAGUACCAGUUGAUGGACGGUACCUCAUCAGUGCUGUGGUAACAGCUCAGAAGGAGGAGAGAGUGGAGGCGGUACUCUCAGUAGCCAAUCGCAGUAUUCAGAAGCUCGACACAGCUGGCUCAGGAGGCGUGGCUACCGACAGAUGCGUGUGUGGUGGCAUGGCCUCCCUAAGCCUCAUCCUGGAUCUGAGGCGGGGUCAGAAUGUGGGGCUAGUGAUGACAUCGGGGAAACUGGCGAUAUCAACAUCCAGUGAGAUUCUCUCCUCAUUCAGCGGAGUGCUUCUCUACCAAUCACCAUCAAAGAGCUAA